AUAUUUUUGGCUGCGUGAUCAGGUUAAGGUUUCAUUUCAAGACGCAGUCUAGUUAGCUUCGUGGGAAAGACGUGUCUGGCCUUUCAGUUCAAAAUUAGUUUCAAUACAUGCCGAGGAGUUCCUAAGCUUUGUUAUUCAGGCCCGGAUCUGUACCUUGGACUAAGUAGUGAUAGCCAGUUAGCUGCACCCGUGUUGUGUACGCUCUUCAAAACAGAUAUGAUCGUAUAAUAACAAAUAGUUAGUACGCAGCCCGCUAGCGUUUUGGUUGGAUCUGGACAACGAGUGCGCACCCGCACGAGAACAAUGAAGCAUCAGACCUAGGCGAGGAGAAGGAGCACAUCAUCGUUGCACGAAGGGAAAAAGAAAACAAAGAUGUGUUUUCCUUCCCGUGGGACUGAGCUCCUUUCGGAUUGCGCUACGCUUUUCAUAUGCAGACUGUCUGUUAGGCGGUAAUUAUACAUUUUAAAUGACGAACAGAAGAGAACAUCGUGACCUUGCAUGCCUGCUCACUUGGCCGAAGACGUGUCCGCAGUAAGCUGUCAUUGCUCUGGGAGGCGACAGCUAGGAGGGGUGCAGCCGUGGGACCAGCCCAGGGCACGCCCGGCGCUCUCGUGUCACGUGGAGUUCCGAUGCGAGGAACGAUGGGGACUCAGGGUAGCCCCGUCAAGAGCUAUGACUACCUCCUGAAAUUCCUGCUCGUGGGAGACAGCGACGUGGGGAAAGGCGAGAUCUUGGACAGCUUGCAAGAUGGAUCGGCAGAGUCGCCCUAUGCCUACAGCAGCGGGAUCGACUACAAAACCACCACAAUCCUGCUGGAUGGACGGAGGGUCAAGCUGGAGCUGUGGGAUACGUCGGGACAAGGUCGAUUCUGCACCAUCUUCAGGUCCUACUCCAGAGGGGCACAGGGAAUUUUGUUGGUGUAUGACAUCACCAACCGCUGGUCCUUUGAUGGAAUCGAUCGGUGGAUUCGGGAGAUUGAUGAGCAUGCACCUGGCGUGCCGCGGAUCCUGGUGGGCAACCGGCUGCAUCUGGCGUUCAAGCGGCAGGUGCCCACGGAGCAGGCGCGGGCGUACGCGGAGAAGAACGGCAUGACCUUCUUCGAGGUCAGCCCCCUCUGCAACUUCAACGUCAUCGAGUCGUUCACCGAGCUCUCCCGCAUCGUGCUCAUGAGGCACGGCAUGGAGAAGUUCUGGAGACCCAACAGAGUGUUCAGCCUGCAGGACCUGUGUUGCCGGGCGAUAGUCUCCUGCACACCAGUGCACUUGAUUGACAAGCUGCCCCUCCCAGUUGCCAUAAAGAGCCACCUCAAGUCCUUCUCCAUGGCCAAUGGCAUGAACGCAGUCAUGAUGCACGGCCGCUCUUAUUCGCUGGCCAGCGCCUCGGGGGGAAGCAAGGGCAACAGCCUGAAGCGCUCCAAAUCCAUCCGGCCCCCUCAGAGCCCCCCCCAGAACUGCACCAGGAACAACUGCAAGAUCUCUUAGCGCAGGGGGGGGGGCAUGGGGGCAAUAGGAUGUCCAGCAGGCGGUGGGUAGGUGACCCUCACGUGGUGGUUUGGCUCAUGGAAGAAAGAGUGUCUCAUACUCCACAGAGCUCCGGCUCCUCAAAGGGGGGCUGCCCCGCUCCCGACCCCCUGGCUGAGCCCACGUCAGCAGUCAGUGCUGUGAACCUGCAUGUGACAAGCCCAGAACUGACCCCAGAUCAGCAUGGAGUAGCAAGAAGGUUUUGCCCACCUUGGAAAGCAGGAGGGGGGUGGGGCAUCUGAACUGAUAGGACAGAGAUUUGCACAGGCUCCGCCUUCCGCAUUCCAGAGCCAUGCUUCUCUGUUCUCAGUCUACACUAAACUUUUUUUCAUUGUUUUGAUGUAUAUAUGGUAAUUUAACAAAUGUAAUAUGGAAAGUACCUGUAAGUAAGGUGUUAUGGUUUGUUUUUAUUUGUUUAUUUUAUGAACAUUUUCAUUUUUUGCUCAUAGCAUCAGUGUUUUUGCACUGAAUCUCACCACCACCUCAUCACCUGGAGAAUUUGAAACACUUGGCCAUUUUUCUUGAGACAGAAAAUACUAAACCAGCAACAAGAUAAUGUCAUCCUUCACUGCUGCCUGCUUCCAAAUCCGCCCUGCUACUCUUCAUUCACCCCAGAACCCCUGGAUCAUUCUCUAAGGACAGCGCUCAAUGGAGAGGCUCCUGUUGACGUGUAACACUUGAAAUGCUGUUGCCUUUAACACAUCAGAACUCACUCAGUCCCGUAUCUAGGGCUGUGUCUGAGCUGAUGGCAUGUUCAGCGCCAUCCUUCCACUCUUCUUCUUGCAAACUGCUCUGUCACUUUCUCUCCUGUUCCCUCUCCCUCAUCCUCUCCCUCUCCGCCACUACCAUUCUCAUCUCUCACUCUUGUGCCCUCUCUCCCUCACUCUCCUCCUCUUUUCUAUUUGCAGUCAUGCAUGUUUGUGCGGAGUCCUUGGUCAUUGUGUUUGUGUUCCGUAAUUUAAUCAUUUUUUCAUAUGAAGCUAUUUCCUGUACAGGUCCAGGCCAGACGGGUCUGAUAAGGUUGCUCUUUUAAUUGGGGACACUACAGUAGUGAUGGAAGAGCCAGUCUUUGUGAAUCCGGGAAUAGGUGGAGCCGCUGUGUGCUAUCAACUGCUGACUUGUCUCGGCCAAUCAAAUGCCUUUUCUGUCUGCAGUAGAACACUAGCUUUGGCUCCUGUCAGUAAGUCAGACAUAGCCCACAGUGGCUCCACCCAUUUUUGCAGUUCUCGAACCCUCACUCCCCCGUCCCUACUCUCCAGACGCCCUUUCUGGGAAAGCCCUCAGUGAUCAGAAACACGGUUUCUCAAUACCCUCUGUUUAUUUCACAAAUCUUAGAAACGCUGCUUUUCUUCCUCUUUCCCUGCAAGCUUGCAUUUGCAGUUGUUUCGAUUUGAAUUUCUUUCCCAUUUGCAUGUGCGCAGAGCCCUUGGAUCCAAUGCUUCAGUAACUGCCGCUCGCUGCCACUUUUAGCCCUGUUACCCACUUGUGCCAAAUGCAUAAUGGCUGCACCUACUCUCUGUCUACCUCUCCUUGUGUUCAGUAGCGUACAGUGCUAAAACAGUCACAGGAGUUUUGCAGUAGAUUAACCCUUUUAUGUCAGGACUCUAGACUCCAGGUUUUUUAAUAUACAUAUUUUUGAUCUCCAGUGAAUUACCAGGAAAUAAUUGUGUUAUAGCAUGUUUUUGAAACUGCACCUGAUUUUUUAUUUUAUUUUAUUUUUCAUUUUUUGUUAAAUGCAAAUUGAACUAUUUUUGAAUUGUCUGGUUUAAGUUGAGAACAGGAAGUCCAUGCAAAGUGUGCCAAAGUUUACCUGAGUGGAAACAUUGAUAAGCAGAGGAACAAGAAUAAAGUUAUUUGAUAAGCACAACAGAGAACAUACCCUACAGCUCCUGUCAAAAUUAUGAUUGAUGACUUAUGAUUGACAGCCGCCCCUGAUGUGUACAUUUGAAUGGGCGUAGAUCUGUUUGAACAUUUUUAAUGUUUUUUUUUUUUAAUGUGAUAGGCUAAUUUGUAUUUUUUUAUGUACCAGUAUUUGGCAAAUGACUGAACUGAUUUGCAAUCAAUGGAGUCUUGUUUUCUUGAUGGCUGACAUAAUGGUCACAAGGGUAGCAUAACACCACCUUUUUAAAUAAUUAAACAACUGGUAUAGCAUCCAUCAAGGAAUGAUUACCUCAGUCGAUCGGGAGAUGAUCAGGAUAAAAUUUACCGAUGAAUACACUCUUUUUUCAGUAAUUUUUAGUUGUGGAUAUAGAAACCCUAACCAAGCACCACUCUCACCAUUUCCUGAUUCACCUAUCUUUUUCCCCCCUCGUUGUAUGUGGAAAAACAGCUAACAAGAAAACAAGACUUGAUUGAUUGACAAUCAGUUCUGUAGGUCUAAAAAUGAAAAACGCAUAUGCGUAGGUUCUAUCACAACUGAAAUAUGAAUUAUAAACUAAAGAACAAAAACAAGCAGCAUUUCUGGGAUGUAAACUGCAAAAUUGGGCUUAUAAUUAGGGGCUUGAUGUACUUAAAUUGAAAAGCCACUGGCAAACAAGCACUUGGGAUAGGAGGGAUAUUUCUACUCCACUUAGCUGGAGUACAGCACUUUCAUUCCUGUGGUAAACCCAAGCCCUGAUGCAUUUACUGCUAAUAUGUUUUUUUUUCCCUUUUUUGAUUCUGUUUGUUAUUUAAGCAACUGCCUUUGUAGCAAUAGUUGGCUGUCUGCUAACCCCAGUCAUUCUCUCUCCACUGCCCCCAUCCCCAGACCCUUUUUAAAUCUCAGGGACCACCCCAUUUAGCAGGACCCAACCAAUGCAACCUGCGUGCUUAAGGCUGAGCAUUGGGUCUGACAUGGAGGCCUUCUUUUCAAGGGGGACAUAACCCCCCCCCCACCCCCCACCCCCCCACCCUUCCCCCUCACAACCUGUUCUUCGGGUUGGGGUGAGUUCAGUAUUAUAGAAAUUUUUACCAUCAGCGCAGGAAGAGAGAUCUGCCAAUAACCCAGUCCCCAGGAGGAGUAGAGAAGACCCAGAGUUAAUUUGAGCUCCUGUACCUGCAUCUGCUCCUGGGCUUUGUAGGGGUCUUUUACCCUCACCUGGAGUCUCCUCAAUGUGCUUCCUGUGGUAAAGUCAUCCACCUCACACCCCACCCCAGGCAUCUGGACAGAUGCAUUAGGAUUUGUUAAUACUUCUGCUCAUGUUUCCAUUUGAUGAGGUCAUUUGUAGCUUCUCCAGCAAGACGCAUCCUGUUCGGACCCUGCAGCCACUCCCAAAAAGAUGAGUUUAUUACAGAUAGCCAUGUUUUGUUUUGUUUUUUGGUUUGUUUUUUUUUUUUUACAUGUAUUUUUGUGAAUGCAGGAAAGUAGUCAACCAUUUAUUCAGUAUGUCUGGCAGUGUCUGGAUAAUUUCAAAUGGAAUGUGAGAGAAGAUUAAUGGUGGUGGGGGUAGAGUGGGUUUGGUCAUAGUCCUUGCUGAUCUUUUGUUGCUGCUGGGGAAGGGUGGAGUGUGAAGCUACAGUUGCAUUGGUUCAGUCUUAUCAGGUUUUUCCUCUUGUGUGGAAUGGAUGAAGGGAAAUGUGAUAUUAUUACUAUGAUUAUUAAAUGUAAACACUAUUCUUUUGGUUUAAGCUGCUGGGUAACUUUAAUGAGGAAUGCUUUCUAAGUGUUAUUGAAAUGACAAAUGGAAAAAUUAUUAUUAUUAUUAUUGAUUGUACAGUUCUUAGUAUAUGAAAUGCAAGGCUUUUUCCACAAUAAAACUUAACAAAACAA